AGACAAUAAGAAAAUGGAAGAAGUACAUUCAAAUCCUUCAAAUGCAGAAACUUCUACAGAAACUGACUUGGACGAUGUAAAACAAUACUGUGAACCCUGCUCUACGAGAAAUAUAGAAUCUGUUGCGAUUCAGUAUUGUCAAGAUUGCGAUGAAAAAUUUUGUGACACGUGUACUGCAAGUCACCAAACACAAAAGGCUACAAAAGGGCAUACUAUUGUUGACAUAAAACAUGUACAGUUCGAUAGUCCAAAGAAGGAAUGUGAGCCAUGCUCGUACAGUAGUAAAUCUACGCCUGCAACCUGUGUAUGUCAGAAUUGUGAAGAAUUUCUUUGUGGGCAAUGCAAGACAUACCAUCUGUCACAGAAACAGAAUAAAAACCACAAUAUGAUUUCUAUAUUAGAAGAGGUGUUGUGCGAGCCUUGCAAAAGUUGUGACAAAAGAGUACAAGCUUCUGGAUACUGUCUACAUUGUGAAUAUCCGGAGCCUUUGUGUCAUUCCUGUGUAGAACAGCAUACAGCAAUGAAGUUAACAAGAGAUCACGAGUUGUCCUUUGAUAUAGCCAAUUUUAUCUUAAGAUACAAAGGCAAAGAAGAAAUGGAAGCAGAUCCGGCCUCUUCAAAGAGCCAGCGUACAUGUGAGCCUUGCACUUACCGCAAUAAAAGCGUUCUUGCAGCACACUACUGCAGAGAAUGUGAGGAAUUCAUGUGUGAUUCUUGCAUAUCCCAACAUAGGUCAAUGAAGAAUUUUUCAAAGCACGAUAUAAUAGACGUUAACAACAUUUCAACUUCUGUGGAUAUGUGCGAGCCAUGUAAAUAUGACAAGAAGGAAACACAGGCGACACAUAAAUGCGAAGAGUGUGAUGAGUAUUUAUGUGGAGAAUGUAAGACGGUUCAUCUAUCACAGAAAGUGAAUAGAAAUCAUCCUCUUAAACAACUGUCUUCAUCCAUUUCAUGUGACAAUUGUUCUGCUAAUGGUUGUGAUGUCAUGGCUAUUGUUUACUGCAAGGAUUGCGACAGUCCCCUCUGUGAUUCCUGUGCUGAAUGUCACAGCGCAAUGAAAAGAACGAGAGGUCACAUGUUAUCAAAAGACUUGACUACCGUUAUUUUAAGCUUACAGAACAAAGGAAACAAAGCAAGACCUAUCUCUGCGACAAACGAAGCUGACAGUUAUACAGGAGCAAGACCAGAGACAGGACCUUAUCACUCGGGUGCCCAAAAUGCACAAAUUAAUAAAGACAUUCCUGUAUGCGAACCCUGUAGCAUCGAGGACAGCACAGUAAAUGCAUUAUACUUUUGUGAGGAAUGCGAUGAAAAUUUAUGCGAGGAAUGUUUCAACUUUCAUCAGGCACAAACAGAAAACUAUCAACAUAAAGUUACUGGCAUAUCAAGAAACACAGUUUUCUGUAAACCAUGCCACUCCCUUAAACGGGAGUCCGAAGCUACAUCAUUCUGUAUUGACUGUCAGGUUCCAGAUCCUCUUUGUGAAGCUUGUGCCCAAAAACAUACAAAAAUGAAGAGAACAAAAUCUCACAGGAUAUCUUCAGAUAUUUGCCAGCUUCAUUCAAGAUUUCCCAACAAUGAAUAUGCCAUGCAGAAGCAAGGCCUUACAGACGAAUGUUUGACUCAAGAACUAAAACAACUAAAGGACCCAACAAAUGAGGAAUUGGGAAAGCCAUACUCAUCAGAAAGCAAAUCAGAUAGUACAUUGCUACAGUGGCGAGCAGAGCGAGAGCUGACAGAAAACGAGGUUUAUCAAAUUAUUUUUAAGGAGCAUCCAAAUGGUAAAUGGAGGCCAUAUGUGUCAAAAGAAAGAUGUAGCAAGCCAAGAUUUCCAAUAACUGGGCUCAAGGCAAAUACAUCGUACAUUUUUAAAGUAAAAAUAAUUGACGAUAGUACUGGGAAGGAUGGUCAAUUCACUGUAGAAAGUGACCCUAUUAUAACACGGGAGUCGCCAGCACUAGGUGUUUUGCAGAGGGCAGAACAAAUUGAAAUUGGUCCACCAACAGUUUACCAAUUGCCAAUAAAAGAAAAUAUUUCUGCCAGGAACGAGAAGGCAAAGACCAGAAAGUUUUUUCUAGGUAAAGAAGGUAUAGACGCGAUAGAACGCACUGUUAUGAUAGUUGGCGCCACUGGUUCCGGGAAGAGUACCUUAAUUAACGGAAUGGCUAACUAUAUAAUGGGAGUGACAUGGGAAGAUCCAUUUAGAUUCACACUUAUUAACUUGGAGGCAUGUGAAAAGGCAAGAGAGAAUGAUCAGGCACAUUCACAGACCGAGUGGGUGACAUGUUAUACUAUUCACAAUGAUGUAUCGGAUAGAGUAAACUAUACCAUCAACUUAAUAGACACGCCUGGAUUUGGUGACACCAGAGGCUUAGACCAAGAUGCAAAAAUAGUAGAACAAAUUAGAGAAUUAUUUAAUUCCAAAGGAGAACGGGGAGUGGCAACUCUUGAUGCUGUUUGUUUUAUACUCAAAGCGCCUGAUGCACGAUUAUCAACAACUCAGAAAUAUAUUUUUGAAGCCAUCUUGUCGUUAUUUGGAAAUGAUAUCAAAGAUAAUAUAUGUACCCUUAUCACCUUUGCUGAUGGCCAACGACCCCCAGUUUUAGCCGGAAUACAAGCAAUUGAAGGAAUUCCCCUUCCAUAUGAUACUUAUUUUACUUUUAAUAAUUCAGCUCUUUUCGUUGAUAAUACAAUGAAUACACCAAGCAACCUUUCUCCUUUCUUCUGGGACAUGGGAAUCAAAAGCUGUCAAACGUUCUUCGGUCAUCUAACCACCCUACAAACAAAAAGUCUUUCUCUUACUACUGAGGUAUUGAGGAAGAGGCAGAAAGUUGAAAACACGGUAAUUCAUUUACAACAGGAAAUAGAGGUGGGACUAUCACAAAUCAAUGUGCUGGAAAAAGAAGUGGCAAUUUUUUCGCAGAACGAGCAAGCAAUACUUCAGAAUAAAAAAUUUGAAUACGUAGUUGACGAAGAUUUUCAGGAAAAAAUUGAUUUAACAGGAAAAGGGCAAUAUACAACCAACUGCCUUACAUGUAACUAUACAUGUCAUGAGAAAUGUGCGUUCGCAAAUGAUAGUGAGAAGGUAAAGUGCUGUGCUAUGAACAGAGAAGGAUCAUGCACCCAGUGUCCAAAUGGUUGUGACUGGAAGCUGCAUCAUAACACACCAUAUAUUAUCAAAUGGUCAAAACGCAAAGUGAAGAAGAGAUAUGAUGAUAUGAAAAAGAAAUAUGAAGAGGCCACUCAGAAAACAUUAACGCAGGAACAAGUCUUAGAGCAAAUGAGCCAAGAUAUAAGUAGACAAGAGGAAGCAAUCCAGGUUAUGAUGGAAGUCAUUUCAAAACUAAACAAUAGGCUAAAAGAAAUUGCUCUCCGUCCUGAUCCUCUCAGCACAGUUCAGUAUAUAGAAUUGAUGAUUGCCAGUGAAAAAAGAGAAAAGAAGAGUGGAUUUGAAGGCAGAAUUGAUGCUUUGGAGAAAUGUAAAAAACGUGCUACUUAUGGAAAAUCAGUUAAGAUAUUCCAAGAUCGUGUCCGUAAUACUAGGCAAUCAAUGGCAGCCGGUGACGUUGCAGAUGAAAUACUAAAAGAUGAAAAAUCGGUUCUUUGUAGAAUAAAAGGAUUUUUUGGCAUUGGUAAAAAAUGAAUGAAAGCUAACAGAGAACUUUGUUUACCUGAUAUACUGUAGAUUUAUUUAAAACACUUUAAAUUCCUAGCUGAUGAAAUCAUAAGCUUAUCUUUAGCAAGUUUAUCUAUACAAGAUUGAACUUUGAUGUUUUACUCUAUAUGUUUUACAGUGUUUUUCUGUGUUUUAUAUUGUGAAUAAUUUAUUGUCAUAUUUUGUCCUAACCAUUUAGGAAAAACAGAAUAUGCGAGUAGGUCUUUAAAGGGUCAUAUAAAAUUUAUUGUUAUGACGAGGCAUUUUUUUUUAAUUACAGUUAGGAAAUUAUAAAUAAUUCUUGUUGUGUCAGAAAAAAGUAUUCAAUAGCGGCGCCAUGGUUUGUUUUAAAUAUUUUGUAGUUUUAUUUAGAAUUGUUUUCUAGUGAGGAUAGUUUAGUCUGCUUCAAAUAUUUUUUAAAUUUUUUCCCCAAUUUCAUUCCCUGUAUUUUCAAAAGUUCACUUUGCUUUCCUUCGUAUAUUUUUAAUUUUUCAGAUUUACUUUUUUACAAAUUUUAAAAUUCUACAUGGAUUUAUAAUGAAGUGUAAAGAUUUAGUUCACGGUAAUAAAAAGUUGACGAUGUUCAGCUACAUUGUUAUUUGAUCUUCAUUCGAAGUAUGAAUGUCUUUGCUUAAGGCCAUUUGCAGAAUAUCAUUUAUAAGUUUAUUUUAUUUUUAGAAUUAAAAGACACCGAAUGAAGGUCAAAUGCGAUAUAAAAAGUCAUUGAUAAAAUUACAUCAAAUAUUUUUUGUGUAAAAUUCUUUACAUCUUUUAAAGGUUUCAUGGUCAACCAGCUUUGGUUUAAUUUGUAGUUGUGUGUACUUGUUUCCAAAUUUUAUUAAUAUAAAUGAAUAUUGUGCUUAAAGAGAUAGAUUUCAAAACGUUUGGUUAUUGGACAUUAAUAUGUGUGUUCCUGCUUAUGUAUUCUUUUUUCAU